AUGCUCUUGGUGCUGUCUGCCCUGGAGGCCUGUGCCCUGGACAGGUAUGUCGCAGCCGUCUACGAGCGCAAUGUGGUCUUGUCAGAGGACACCGACGUGCCGGUUUCUCCUCAGGAGGCCUUGGUGCUGAUGGACACAAAUAUGGAUUUGGAAGCAGCCAUCAAAGAGGCAGCCAGACAGGGUGCCCGUAUCAUUGUGACUCCUGAAGAUGGCGUUUACAGCGGGGUCUUCACAAGGGAAACAAUUUACCCUUAUCUUGAGGAUAUCCCAGACCCACAGGUGGACUGGAUUCCAUGUGCUGAUCCUGGAAGGCUUGCUCCCUCACCGGUGCUGGAAAGACUGAGCUGCCUGGCGAGGAAUAACUCCAUCUGUGUGGUUGUGAAUAUGGGAGACAAGAAGCCCUGUAAUUCCAGUGAUCCAAGGUGCCCAAGUGAUGGUCACUAUCAGUGCAAUACCAGUGUUGUCUUUGACUCUGAAGGAAAACUAUUGGCUCAUUAUCACAAGUACGAUCUUUUUGUAGCGGAGAAGCAGUUUAAUUACCCUAAGGAUCCAGAAUAUGUGACUUUCAAUACCUCCUUUGGCUACUUCGGCAUUUUCACUUGUGCAAACAUACUCUAUCAUGACCCAGCUGUCGUCUUGGCAAGCAGAUUCCAGGUUGACACCAUUCUGUUCCCAACCGCUUCGGGUAACGCUCUCCCACUGUUGUCAGCAGUCCAGUUUCACUCAGCAUGGGCUAUGGGAAUGAGCAUCAACUUUCUUUCAGCAAAUACGCACAACUCCACUUUAGAUAUAACAGGGAGUGGUAUUUAUGCCCCAGAUGGUCCCAGAGCAUAUUAUUAUAAUAAAGAAAUGGAAAACGGUCACCUCUUGGUGACAGAACUGAGCUCACACCCACAUCUGUCUCCUGACUAUCCUGCUGCUGUUAAAUGGAAAUUGUAUGCCAACUGGAUCAACCAGCUUCCAUCAAAUGGCCAUUCUUUCAGUGGGGUCAUUUACCAUGAUCUCUUCUCCUUCACGGACCUCACUGAACCCGAGGGAGAUCGUGCCAUUUGCCAGCAGGACCUCUGUUGCCGUCUGAGUUACAAGACGGAAGAGAAGCAGAAAGAUGACAUUUAUGUUCUGGGUGCCUUUGGUGGGCUGCAUGUUGUGGCAGGAGAGCGUUAUUUGCAGAUAUGCACGCUGCUCAAGUGCAAGAGCACAGACCUGAAGACGUGCGGGCAGCCGGUGGAGACCGCACAGACCAAGUUUGAGAUGUUCUCCCUCAGCGGCACCUUUGGCACCAACCAUGUCUUUCCCGAAGUCCUGUACAGCGGGGUGGAGCUGACCCCUGGGGAGUUCGAGGUACUGGGGGACCCUUGUGAGUUGUCAGACCUUCAUACUACUACAUCGAAGCCAGUUUUGAGUGUAACACUCUUUUGGAGGUGGUAUGAAAAGGACUCUCCACACACACGGGAAGCUUCACCGUGA